GCCCCACAGUUUUAGAGGGUGUAACCAGUGAAUCCAGAGUGAUGAAGGAGGAGAUCUUUGGACCACUUCUGCCCAUCAUCACAGUGGAUGGUGUGGAGGAGGCCAUCCAGUUCAUUAACGACAGAGAGAAACCGCUGGUUCUUUAUGUCUUCUCCUAUGAUAAGAAGCUGAUCAAAAGGAUGCUGGCUGAGACGUCCAGUGGAGCUCUGCUGGCCAAUGACUGUUUAGUUCACUUCAUUGACAGCGCUCUGCCGUUUGGAGGAGUGGGUCACAGCGGCAUGGGUCGGUACCGUGGCCGCCACAGCUUCGAUCUGCUCAGCAACCUUCGCAGCUGCUUGAUCAAGCAGCUGCAUUUGGAGAGAGUGAACAGUAUGCGUUACCCGCCACACAACAGCCGGAGACUGGGCUGGGCUCGCUUCUUUCUGCUCACACAGAUCAGUUUACGGAGGCUGGGCUACGUCCUGGCCAUGCUGGCUGCCCUGUCAGCGUUUCUGGUCCAG